AUGAAAGAAGCUGAGAAGCCACAUGCAGAGGAAAAAUUCUGCUGCGUUUCCAAGCUGAAGGUAUUUCUGAUGGCACUGUCUCUUGCAUACAUUGGUAAAACGAUGUCUGGUGCUUACAUGAACAGCAUGUAUACACAGAUAGAGAAACAAUUUAAUAUUCCAUCUUCUUUGGUGGGGAUCAUUAAUGGAAGCUUUGAAAUUGGCAACUUGCUGCUGAUAGCAUUUGUGAGUUACUUUGGAGCAAAGCUUCACAGACCCAGAAUAAUUGCUUUGGGCUGCACAAUUCUGUCAUUUGGAUGUAUUUUGAUAUCACUUCCUCAUUUCCUACUUGGAAGGCAUCGUAUUGAAAGCAGUAUUUCACCACAGGAGAAUUCUUCAGUCAUGCCUCUGUGCCUUGUUAAUCAAAGCUUGUUCUCUUUACCUACAGAGGAAUCAUCAACAGAAUGUAAAAAAGAGCCUGGGUCCUUGCUGUGGAUAUUUGUGAUGGUUGGAAACAUAGUAAGAGGAAUGGGUGAAACUCCCAUCAUGCCUUUAGGCAUUUCAUAUUUGGAGGAUUUUGCCAAAGCAGAGAAUUCGCCUUUCUACCUGGGAUGUCUGCAUACUGCAGCUGUAAUCGGCCCCUUCAUUGGUAGCUUGUUGGCAUCAUUCUGUGCACAACAGUUUGUUGAUCUGGGAUCAGUAGAUGCAGGGGACAUAACUAUAAGAGCUACUGAUGCCCGCUGGGUUGGUGCAUGGUGGCUGGGCAUUUUAAUUUGUGCAUUACUGAACCUUCUUGCGGGAAUACCUUUUUGGUUUUUGCCCAAGUCACUUGUGAAGGAAGGAGAAACCAAGAAACCUGUGGAGAUGAGUGAAAAAAGUGUAGUACUGUUGCAUGAUAAAACUGAAGCCAAACAGACCAUGUAUGAAACUGCUAAAGAUUUCAUCCCGUUUCUCAAGGCUCUGUUUCGCAACCCAGUUUAUAUGUUGUUCAUAAGCGUAACAGUGUUACAGUUCAAUGCCUUCAUUGGCAUGAUAUCCUUCAUGCCCAAAUAUUUCGAACAACAGUUUGGAAAAUCUGCAUCAGAUGCCAUCUUUUUAAUUGGUGUUUACAACUUACCGGUUAUAUGCGUUGGGUAUUUUGUUGGAGGCUUAUUAAUGAAGAAAUUCAAGAUAAAUAUCUAUCAGGCUGCAAAUAUAGCAUUUUGGCUAUCUUCACUGGAAUUCGCUCUCUACUUUGCUGUGUUUUGGAAUGUCUGUGAUACUUCACCAGUUGCUGGCCUAACAGUUUCCUAUGAAGGAAUAAAGCAAGUUUCAUAUGCAGAAAAUACUCUACUUGCUGACUGCAACAGGGAUUGCGAUUGCCCACUUAAAAUAUGGGACCCUGUUUGUGGGAGCAAUGGAAUCACUUACGUGUCACCGUGUCUUGCUGGGUGUAAAGCCUCAAGAGGAACUGGAAAAAAUGUGGUAUUUGAAAACUGCACCUGUGUUGCUGCUUCAGGGUUUUCAUCUCAAAAUGUCUCUGCAGUUCUGGGCCGGUGUGAAGAGGAUGAAGACUGUGGCAAGAAGCUUCAGUAUUUUUUAAUAGUGUCAUUAGUUGGCAGCUUCAUUUAUUCCUUGGCAGCCAUGCCUGGGUACAUGGUCUUAAUAAGGUCUUUAAAACCUGAAGAAAAGUCACUUGGAGUGGGUGUCCAUGGACUAGCUUCAAGAGUACUUGCUGGAAUUCCAUCUCCCAUUUAUUUUGGAGCUUUGAUAGAUACCACUUGCUUGAAGUGGGGUACUAUGACUUGUGGUGGAGAAGGAGCAUGUAUGAUGUAUGACAUUGUCCCAUACAGGUGGUUCUAUCUGGGCCUGCCAGCAGUAUUACGUGGAUUGUCCUAUAUCCCAAUUGUAGCAAUUCUUCUUAUUUUAAGGAAGAAACAGAAAUCUGAAAGACAAGUCUUAUUAAACACACCAGUAGAAAUGCAGGAUAAAGAACAAGAAGAAAUGAAAUAG